AUGAGACAUAAACAAGGAAAAUCCGCUGUAAAAUAUAUUAAAGAUAAAUUAGAAAGUGAUAUAUUUACAGAAUUAAAUUCUACAAUACAAAAUUUAAAGUUAAACAAUGAAAACUCUCAGAGUAUUUUAAUGAAAUGGACAGAAACUUUAGAUAAAGUGUUAAAUGAUAACCUUUAUCAAGCAAAGAAUGAUGAUAUUUCACGUCAACAUAGGGAAAUUCUUGAGAAAAUAACUUCUCAUAUUAUUUCAAUCGCUAAUUUUGGAGUUAGCGAAAAUUAUUCCCUGAUAUUUAAAUUAUUUGAUAUCUUACUGCAGAUUGAAUAUAGUAUUAUUCAGCAGCAUAUUGAUUCUGUAUGGAGGAUUAUUCUUGUGUCUCAGAUCGAAUCGGCAGAUUCUUGUGUCGAGUUGUUGAAAAGGCUAUUGGAAAUAUAUGCCAAAUCUCGCGAAAUGAAUUUAUAUAUUAAAGAUCUUAUAUCAGCUUUAAGUAAUAUACAAAUGGACGCAAACAUGAUAUUAAAAACUCCAUUAUUCUGUCCUGUGAUUUUGGACGAAUUCUCGAGUAAAGUUGCAAAUAAUGUAUCAAUGCCUCAAGCCAUUGAGAUUAUAACAUCAUUAACAUCAGAAGUAUGUGAUGUAUGUUUAUCUGGCUUUAUUGAACAUAGUAAAUUCGCAAAACUAUUAAACAAGAGAAGGAAAUUAGAAAAAGAACGUGCUUCCGAUGUAAAAACCGUACAAAUUAUUGAGCCGUUGAUUCUGUUAAUGAGUAGCUUUUUGAAGGCAUUGAGAAUCACUGUCUCAUUUAAAGAUGAAUUGGAAAAAGAAUUUCAGGCAAUAUUUGACCGAUUUAUUUAUCCGAUCUUGUCUUGUGACUAUGGCGACAAAGAUGAAUUAUUAUGUGGAAAAAUGACAUAUGCAGCACUUAGUUUGCAUCAUGUUUUAGUAGAUAUUUCGUUAAUAUAUUGGAAAAAUACUUCGACCCCACAUUUCAUGACAAUUUUGUGCGGUAAUACGUUUAAGAAUCCGAAAUCGAUGUUGUUUUUGAAUAAAGUACGACUUCAACAUGUUCAUCGAUCAAUUUCGUCAAUAAAUUAUCGAAAUAACACAAAUAAUGAUUCGGACGAUUCAAUCAUCAUUUUGCGUAAAUUAAUAGAAUCAGUCCUUUAUACUUUGAAAGAACCCGAAAAUCUUGAUGUUGGUUGGACAGGAAAAUUGGUUGACUUGGACAAUAAGAAUUUUGCUGUUGCUAAUUGUAUGACUAUCCUUGGAGAUUGGCUUGAUGUUGUAAGCAAUGUGUGUCAUGAACAUCAUCUUGCACCCAUUGUAAGGUUCAUCAUCAACUGGUCUAUUACUUGUUCUUCAGUCUACUUGCAACCUCUCAAGGAGAUUUCUGUUAGAACUUUAUGCUUACAACUUUUAAAAUCUGCUGAAUUCUUUGAGUUGAAAUCCUUGCGAAAUAUUUUUGUAAAGAUAUAUCUAGAAGAAAUAUAUAAUUGCUUUCAACAUAUUCGUGAUGAAGAAAUGAUUUCAAACGGAAAUCAUAAAGAAUUAGACAUGAUUUUGCUUAUCAGUUUGCAAGGCCAACAAUCGGAAAAAUCAAAUUUAAUGGAUAAUGUGACGUCUUGCUUUAAUAAUAGCUUUAAUAAUAUAAACCAAAAUUUUUGUGUUUCUUUGAAAAGCAUUGACAAGAUUGCAAAAUUUAUUGCUUUAUUACAUUUAUUCUCGAUGGAAUAUUUUACAAAGCAAGAAAUUGGUAAUCUUUCGCUAGUUAUACUGCUAAUUGAUAAAUGGGUAUCGGUUCUUAAGACGGAAUCUUAUGAAGAAGUAACGAGCACAAUCAAAUGCUCCAUUUUAUGCAGGAGUUUAAUUCGUAAAUUCAUUGCUUAUACGAAUAAGAAAGAUGAUGUUUUAAAAAAGGAUGCGUCUUUUAUUAUGUGGUGGAUAUCUUCCAUAAAUGCGUAUCAAAAGUAUAUCACAGGUUACACCGAUGAUUUAGGGCAUGAUGAUGUCGCAGUAAUUCAAAACCUUUUUGAGAAUUUCACUCAAAUAACUUGUCAGACAUUUGCACUUAUAAUAAGACAGAUUCUCGUUGGGUAUCCGGAUGAUGAUGGAGAUAAAAUAAAUUAUUUAGAUACUUUUGUAGAUUAUUUUAAAAAUCUUUAUGAUGAUGCAGAAAAAUCUAUUCCCGAAAUGAAAGGUUCUUUUAUGUCGUCGUCAAAUGAUGUUAGAUGGAGAUUUACUUUUGAAUUUUUGAGUCUUGGUAUAGAGUUCGCUGAAGCGCGCAAGUACUCGAAAAAUGGUCGAAUUGAUCGCGAGAAUUCUGUUUGGAGACUUUUUUUAACGCUGCAAAGCAUCGUAAAAAACAUUUUAAAUGGAAUUCUUUCAGAUGUUCUUGAUAAAUCACUUCAAGAAAUUCAAAAUUCCAGUGAUUUAAGUUGGAAAGAAAGUUUGUCUUUAGAACUGGGUAAUAAGCUGAAAACAUACAAGAUAUGUUUACAAUAUUAUCAUUUAGAUAAAAAUUCAGAAUCGGAAGUUAUCAAAGAAGCGUCAAGUAUGGUUUCCAUGCUUUUAAAGAUUUUUAAAAUUACAACAUCAAUGUUACGCACAGGUUCUAUGGAAUUGGAUAAGAUACCUGAUAAUGAAGUAUUAAUAUUGAAACAUUGUGUAACUUUAUUAUCGGUUGUUAUUGAUCUUACAUCUUUAAUCGAGUUUGUGUUUAUUACGAAUAUUUCGCAUCAAACGUUUACUCUAGUUUGUGACUUAAUGAAUAUUUUCCAUAAUGAAGGUUCAAAUUGUGAAGUUAUGAAAGAGUUGGAGGCGAUAUUUAAUUCAAUUAUUUCAAGAGGGUCAAAUGAGAUAUAUGAUAAUCUUGCUAAUAUUAUUUUGGUUAAAAUUGAAGAUUUUCCAUUUUCCAAUGAUACAAGCAAGUAUGAUUUAAUAUUUUUAAUUCACCUGAUUGAUGUAUUUCUUCGUAAUUCCAAUCAUGGGCAAUUACGCAGGUUGGAACAAAAACUUCCUAAUUUACUUUGUGGAAUUUGUGGUAUGGCCGAGUUAGUAGAUAAAGUUACACUUGGGAUACAAACUUUACGAAUAUCGAAAUUUCUUAUUUGUCACAGGGCAUUUUCGUUUCAAAGUACGGAUAUUGGAAUAGUUUUAUCCAUAGUGAUAACCUUAACAUCACCAAAACGACAUUACGAAGAUCAUGAAUAUAAAGAGUUAUUUGAAGAGAUUUGUUAUUUACUUUACAACAUACUGAUUCAUCGUUGUGAACAAUUAAUUCAUACCAUACCAACAUUUAUAUUUAUUAUACAAGGCAUGUUUCAUUGUUUUAAGAAAAAUACAAGAUCGAUUAAAAAUAAUUUAAAAGAGAUACAACAAAAAGAACAACAGUCGGGAAAUCGAUACAUUUCAUGGUGGGAAGUUCAUUUGAAGGAACCAUUAUCAAUCGAAAGUGCAAAAACAUUCGCGAGGUUAUUAACAAUGAUUUCACAUGUUAAAAAACCCGGUAAUAAGGCUUUUAUUAAACAUCUUCCUUCGUUAUUAUCAGAAUAUAUUCAUAUACAAACGAGUAAUAGUAUAUUAGAAUUGAAUAUAAAGGAUGUACUGAAAAACGGGAUUUAUUCAUUAUUGGAUUUAUGCGGACAAUUUGAAAGGGACAUGAUAAUGGUCAGUUUAGACCUAGUUGGUAAAAGUUUAUUUAAAAGUUUAUGGACUGAAUAUAACAAAGAUUGGAAAUAUGUUGGAAGGGGAUAG